CGAAGGUUAGGGCUGGUUUUCAAGGUAUGUGCUGUACUGUACUGACCCGCGUCAAGUCUUCGCCAUUCUUUGGUGGUUCAUGAUCUCCGAGUUUUCCCGUUUGGCUUUCUUUCACGCUUCCCGCUCCUGACUUAGGGUCACCGAGCUGGACUUGAUUUACCGACCUCCCAUCUUCCAUUUCAACACGAUAUGAGACAUUGUUCCCAACUCUUAUGUUGCCACAUUGUCAGUCAAGUUGAGUCAAUUACAUUGCUUCUCAAUACCCAGUCACCUGUUAGGAUCAUGGAUUGUUGCUCACCUUUACUGACUCGUCGGAGCGUGCAAGUAACCUUCUGCGAUUGGGCAACUUCGGAUAGCCUUGUCUGUCACGCACCAGAAACAUUUCGACGUUGCACAACGCAAAUACAAUGCAAUUGCCCAUCUAUGUGCCUAUCCCAAUUACUCAAAUCGACACCCCAGUAAACCAUGAACAUACGAAACAAACAACACCGCAGAAA